GGGCUUGGAUCUAUGAAGUGGGUGCGAUCGGCCGAGGGCGACUUCAAGGGCGCGGCGCCAUCGCCUCGCAGCGGUCACACCGCGACUCGCAUCCGCAAGACUCACGUCGUCGUCUUUGGAGGGCUCGUGGACAAGAAGUUUUUGCAGGAUUUGACUGUUCUAGACACUGAGAACAAUGUGUGGUUUCAGCCCGAGUGCUCUGGAAGUGGCAGCGAUGGAGUGGCGGGGCCUUGCCCUCGAGCCUUUCACGUUGCCAUUGCCAUGGACUGUAACUUGUUUGUCUUUGGAGGUCGAUGUGGUCGCAAGAGACUUGGAGAUUUUUGGGUUCUAGACACUGAUACAUGGCAGUGGUCCGAGCUCACUGGUUUUGGCGAACUUCCCUGCGCUCGGGACUUUGCCGCCGGGGCGUCUGUGGGGAAUGGAAAGAUUGUCAUAUAUGGCGGAUGGGAUGGCUCGAAAUGGCUCUCAGAUGUUUUUGUGCUCGACACCAUGUCUCUGGAAUGGAGGCAGCUACCAGUAGUCGGUCCUUCACCUCCUCCUAGAUGUGGUCACACGGCUACGAUGGUCGAGAAACGGCUGCUCGUUUUCGGUGGAAGAGGUGGUGGAGGCCCUGUUCUUGGUGACCUCUGGGCCCUGAAAGGGCUGUUUGACGAAGAGAGAGAGCCCGCGGCGUGGACUCUUCUCAAGCUUCCGGGCUCGGCUCCAGCUCCUCGCUGUGGACACACGACGACAAGUGGAGGGCCGCAGUUAUUGGUUUUUGGAGGUCAUGGGACAGCUGGGUGGCUAACCCGUUAUGAUAUCUACCAUAACGAUUGUAUCGUUCUUGACCGAGCCUCUGUUCAAUGGAAGCGUCUCUCCGUGACCAAUGAACCGCCUCCGGCUCGGGCAUACCACUCGUUAACGCAGAUCGGCUCCCGCUUCCUCCUCUUCGGUGGCUUUGACGGGAAAUCGACGUUUGGAGAUACUUGGUGGCUUGUGCUUGAAGAUGAUCCCAUUUCCAGCCGUGUCUCGUCGCCCUUGGUUGCUACUUUGCCAGAUGUAGGCAGCGACAAUAACGCUAGAGACGAGGAACAACUGGUAUCGCCAUUCAACAUACUGAGAAGUCGCAUAGGCCUUCCUCCUGCAAAACCAGCCGUGCAUGAAUCCAUCAAGACUGAAGGUGCUUUGAAUGACUUGGCCCAAGCCAUAGAUCCUCAUGGCCGAAGCACGCUAGAGUCCUUGCGCGAGCACUGGAGAAAAUGUGACGCCCGUUCGAUUCGUUUCAAAGAGCUGGAUAUCCUCUUGAGAGAUUACCAAUGGUUGAUUGCCACCGAGGAAAAGGAAGGGAAAAGAUCGGGAGGUGUAGAAAAAAUCAAGGUGCACCGCUUUUAUCAUCUCCAAACAUCAAACCAGGUGAGAAUUGACGACAUUGGCCCGCUCUUGAUGGAGUACAAGCAGCUCCUUGACACCCGUGUUUGAAGGUGUAAGGAAAAGAAAAAAAAGAACUCUUUUUUUUAUAUCGAGCUACUUAACACACGCUUAUUUCUUUGUA